AUGAACGCCAAAAAAUUCAUGACAUCCUUCUCCCUAAUCCUUGUCUUGUGUGUCCUGCUAAAUGUUGUACUCGUUCAGGUUAAUGCAAAUGAAAAUAAUAAAACAAAAGGAGGAAAAGUAACUCCCGCUUCUGUGCCCUCAGGAAAUAACGCAGAUAUCAAUUUACCCAAAAAAGAUGCAGCACAAAACAAUACCCCUCCCGCUGUUGCUGAAAGCGCUUUACUAGAACUGAAAAAUGUGGCACAGAACUUAGAAAAAAAAACUGCAACCAACAGAAAAAUAAUAAUCAGUGCAGCCCUCAUUAAUAUGGUUGUGUUGACAUUAUUAUCUGGCAUAAUAGGAUACAAAACAAAAAAGGCACUUAAAGAAAGCGAAGUGGAAACCGCAGAGGAGGUAACUCCAGAACCCGCAAACGAAACUUUGUAA